AAAACAAUAAUCACAUCUCAAAGGGUAUUCCCGUAAAAUCACAUCUCAAAAUUUGGGUAAUCCCUGUUUUAAAGAAACUCUUCUCCUCUUUCUCUCUCGCACAUUCAGAUUCUACGCUAUCUCUCUCUCUCUUCUUUCUCUCACUACUCUUUACAGAGGUUAGUGACAUAGUCAACUGGUAAAAUGGGGCUUACAUUCACAAAGCUGUUUAGUCGCUUGUUCGCGAAGAAGGAAAUGAGAAUUCUUAUGGUGGGUCUCGAUGCGGCUGGUAAGACCACCAUUCUCUACAAGCUCAAGCUUGGAGAGAUCGUCACAACUAUACCCACUAUUGGUUUUAAUGUGGAAACUGUUGAAUACAAAAACAUCAGCUUCACAGUCUGGGAUGUUGGGGGUCAAGACAAGAUCCGUCCAUUGUGGAGGCACUACUUCCAAAAUACACAGGGGCUCAUUUUUGUGGUUGACAGUAAUGAUAGAGACCGUGUUGUUGAGGCAAGGGAUGAGUUGCACAGGAUGUUGAAUGAGGACGAGCUGCGUGAAGCAGUGCUGCUUGUUUUUGCUAACAAGCAGGAUCUUCCUAAUGCAAUGAAUGCUGCUGAAAUUACUGACAAACUUGGCCUGCACUCUCUCCGACAGCGUCACUGGUAUAUCCAGAGCACUUGUGCAACCUCUGGGGAGGGACUUUAUGAAGGACUUGAUUGGCUUUCUAACAACAUUGCAAACAAGGCUUGAUGAAUUGGGCGUUUGUCAUGCACAGUUUGUCCUGGAUGCAGGGGUGAAGAUUAUCUAAGUCGCAUUUGUUUUUUUAACCAUCGUUACCUAGAAAAGUCAGUUUGUGGUUGUAAUUUUGUGAAUGGAAGUGAUAAGCUUUUUGCUUAGAGCUUUGGAUAUGGAUAUAUGUUACUAAAUAGUGGUUGAGCGUUGCCUGCACUCCAAAAUUCUUUGGGUUACCAUUUCUGUAAUGCAUCUGCAUAGAUGCAAGUGAAGUUAAAUCCUGGCUCCUGGUAGUAGUGAUUCAGUUUAGUGAGGUUGUAUUGCUAUCCUUUAAUAUCGUACCCACAAUAUUCAUUUGCCUAGUA